AUGAGCUCGAAACAAUCAAAAUCAAAGCAGUCUGCAAAGGAGAACAAGCCAGAUAGUAAAGAUAUUCGAAGCAUACUAUCAGCCAACGUACUCAUUGCUGCUCCUGCAAAUGGACUAAAAACCAAGACUCUUGCACAGUCAUCACCAACAAAAAGCAUUCCUCAAAUGUGGCCUCCUCCUGUUCCAAAGAAGCAGUCUAUACUCACGUCAGGUCUCACUACCGGUACACUCAAACCGAAGAACGAUACAGCUGUCAAGAAACCAAAUGCUCUCUCUAAUGCUCUAGUCUCAAGAGCUGAGAAUGAAAUUGGUCUACAUUCAGCUGCAUCUACCAAACCAGCACUUCAAGCACCCAAACCGCCACCUCCUCAGUCAACGAGAUCCAUCAUCCAAACUACGAAACAACCACCCCAAGCAGUAAAGCCUUUCCAAGCACCACCGAAACUGCUAAAUCAAGUGCCAAAAGCAUCAGCUGGGCUGCUAAAAUCGUUACUUGAAGUACCGAAACCUAUAGAAAAACCACCAAUUGUGAAGUCAACAGAAAACACUCCAACCGUAACGAAGAAACGAGCAUCAGAAGUCGACCUAGUUGAAAGUGUCAACAAGAAGAGCAAAACUCCUGUAAAAGCUACAUCACCUCCACGUGCUUCUGCACCCUCAUCAUUGACUGCAAAUCCACCCACAGCCAAAGAUAAAUCUAUAUACACUACUCCAAACGCUACCAAGGUGGGCGUAAUACCAUCUGAAAGCCCUAAUGGUGAAAGUCCUAAUGGCGCUUGUAAAUGGUCUAAUGGUUACGGUGAUGCUGGUGUGGCUGCUGGUGAUCAUGUUGUAUGGGCAAUGUCGCCAGCACUAGAAAAGAUCAAGAAAGGAUCCUGGUCUGCUGAUACAUCACUUCCUCUACCACCUGCUACUCAAUUGCCACCCCCUUUGGCAGCUUCGCCUUCAAAUAGAGGGCUGAUAGGUGCUUUUGGUCGAAGGGGAUUCAAAAGAUCUCUAAGUCACGAUAGUUUGACCUUGGCAGCACAUAAACGACCAAGGCCAGAUCAAUGGUCUGGUAGCUCCAAAUCAGAUGGAUUGUCAGACGUUGCCGAGUUGGUUCAAGAAGCCAUAAGUGACGUCAAAAACCAUACUAAUCGUCGACAUUCAGAAGGAGCAAAUGGAAGUAAACGUGAUGAUCCUGCCGCACUUCCGAUGUCUGCUGAUGGAGACCUCGCAUUGUCCGAUAGUAAAUGUAACGGACUCCAACUCAAGCCUCGUCGAUUCGGUACGGAUGCCUCGUCUAAAGCCAAUAUCCAAGCAGUAGAUAAUAAUAAUUGUCAUAACAGUAACGACAAAGAGAAAUCAACUAAGACCCGUCUUGAAGGAAGGGGCAAAGAAAACAUAUCACCAUACGCAUAUCCCGAAACGAGAAAUCAUCGGCUAGUACCACCGCCUGUGGUUGAGACUGUGGCAGUUAAUAAACAAAUCAGUGAUGACGAGAUAUUUGAAGGGGAAUUAGAUGAUGAAUUCUUGGCUUCGUUGUCUAUUGACGAGGUGGUGGCCAGUGCUCAAUCUGCUGCAGCUAGUGCAGCCAAGCUCUCAUCUAUAUCGCCCAUUCGAGCUAUAGCAGCAGCCAAAAACUUUCGACGGUAUCUCGUAUUGGAAGUACGAGAAAGUCAGUACAUCUACUCUGGAACUUCAAAAGCACCAGAAAAGAUAUUGCGAGCAUGGGAUGAUGAUCGCAAAAUCGAUACUUUCAUUCAUUUACGAGAAGAUUGGCUGGAGACCGAAGCACGCGUUGGUGAUUUUAUUCACUAUAUUGGUGACUUGGAACUACUCGGAGGAUUCAAAUACGUGGUUAACAACGACAAGAAUAUGAUUGUCUUACAUCCUGACGUGCUAUUGUCGGCCACAACCGUAUCUGAAGCUGGUUGUACACGACGAGCGGUACUACAAGAACGAGUUCGAGGAACGGAUGUACGUUCUGCAGAACCACUGUUUGGAACCAUGCUUCAUGAUCUCUUCCAAGAAGCGCUGUUCCGUGGAUCAUUCGAUAUCUCGAGAAUGGAGGCUGAUAUACCACGAAUUAUAUCUCGCAACAUCGAUGGGCUUUGGGCUGUGAACGAGACAGAGGUGACGGCUCAGCAACGUCUGACUGCAGCACUGUCGUUUUAUAAGGAUUGGUCUGUCAAAUUUCUUGUUUCGAAGCCGCAAGCUCUCCUUCCCGAUCAUCGUAAAGGUCCAAUCACCAGAUCUGUUGCUGUAUCUAAAAUAUUGGACAUUGAAGAGAAUGUGUGGUCACCAAAGCUUGGACUGAAAGGCAAGGUCGAUGCCACUGUGACGGUCAAGAUACAAGAAGGCACAGGUCCGAUAUCAACCAGACUAGCACCUCUCGAAGUGAAAACUGGAAGGGCAUUCAUUGCCCCAUCUCAUUUGAAGCAGACUAGUCUCUACACCAUGCUGCUCGGUGAUCGAUACGAGGUUACUGUCAAGUGUGGCCUUCUCUAUUAUGUCAAAGCAAAUAAGGCCCAAGGAGAAGAGGAGAUGAUUCAUGUUGGACCUGCUUGGGAAGAGACUCGAUCUCUUAUGGUUCAACGUAAUCGUAUGGUUAGCUUCUUGACUUCGAGUGAUGCUCUUCCUGAAGUCAUUAAAGCAAAUACUUGUAACAAUUGCUUUGUCCGUGAUACCUGUAUUCUCUACCACAAGGCCACAGAAAAUGGUAAUUCAACAUCAUUUGGAUUCCCUGAAGUUUUUGAGAAAAAGACGAACCAUUUGACAAAUGACCACACAGCAUUCUUUGAAAAAUGGGAACGUCUAAUAUCUCUAGAAGAGAAGACUUCCGAUAAAUUCCGUGCAGAGAUUUGGAAUAUGACUUCUGAAGAUCGACAAAAGGCUGGUCGAGCUUUUGGUCGUAUGAAACUUGACAUGGCCCAUUAUAGUAGACAUGCACAGAAGCAUGACUUCUCAAUCACCGGUCGACACCAAUACAGAUUCCUUCGUGAAGGAAGACCUUCGCUCGAUACUACACCUUCGCUAUCGCUAAUAAAUGCCCAAAUAUCUAUUGGUGAUACUGUAGUCAUCUCGUCUGAAGAUGGUCUGCAUAUAGGAUUGGCAAUCGGGUUCGCAACGGAGUUGACUCCAGAAUCCAUCGUCGUAUCCCUUGAUCGACCUCUCGCUGGUCCACCUCGACGAGUACGAGACAUGGGCUUUCCUUUUAACCCUGAAAGUAAUCAGGAGUAUACAGGAGUGCUUAAUACAAUAGCUCCUCCUGAUCACAUGCUCUUUCGAAUCGACAAGGAUGAGUUUUCGUCGUCAAUGGGAUUGGUUCGAGGACAUUUAGUGACGUUGCUUGGUAUUGGUGACCGAGAUACUCGUCGACGUAGUCUUAUAGUAGAUUUGGAGCCUCCGAGAUUCUCUGCUGUACCGUCGCCUUCUCAAGUAGCAGCUCUGGGUGUAAGUUUGAACAUAGAUCAACGGAACGCAGUGCAGAGAGUACAGUCUGCUCAAGACUAUGCGCUGAUUUUGGGUAUGCCAGGAACCGGGAAGACCACGACUAUAUCCAUUCUCAUUCGAACGCUCGCUGCUGAGGGCAAGUCUGUGUUACUCACGUCAUAUACUCAUACCGCUGUCGAUAAUGUGCUGCUGAAAUUAAAGCAAGAUAAUGUUGAUUUUGUACGAUUGGGAAAUGUUGACAAGGUCCAUCCGGGAGUCGUCGAAUACACACCCAACUAUCACGGUGACAUUAAAACAGUGGCGCAACUAGAUGCAUUCUAUGAAUCGAAAUUAGUUGUUGCAACUACUUGUUUAGGUGUCUCUCACGGGAUGUUUGGCAAACGUGAAUUCGAUUAUUGCAUUGUUGAUGAGGCAUCGCAGUUGACGCUCCCGGUAUGUCUUGGUCCUUUGAGAUAUGCCAAGAGAUUUGUAUUGGUUGGAGAUCAUUAUCAACUACCACCAUUGGUCAAACACCAAGAGGCAAGGGACAAUGGCCUCUCCGUGUCGUUGUUCCGUCGAUUAUCGGAAGCACACCCUUCAGCCGUGACAUAUCUCGAACAUCAAUAUCGUAUGUGUGCUGAUAUUACACUACUGUCCAAUACCCUUGUGUACCAUCAUCGACUACGAUGUGGAACACCUGAAGUUGCGAGUGCGAUACUUCAUGUACCAAAACUAGUGGAUGGUAUGCAAGAGCUUCAUGUAUCUCAACGCAAUGUUAUGCAGCAAGAAAAUGGGCUCUGUGAUGGCCAAUCUUGUUGGAUUCAGGAUAUUAUUGAUCCAAAACGACGUGUCGUGUUUGUGGACACGGAUGCUGUGCCAGCACUAGAUUCCAAACACGGAGAAUCGACUCAAAAUGAUACGGAGGCAGUUUUGGUCAAGCAGACGGUGGAAUGUCUCAUCAAAUCUGGUGUUGAGGAGACCUCGAUUGGUGUGAUUUCACCAUAUCGAUCACAAUUGAAAAUAAUGGCACACACAUUACUGAAUCAUCCUGGUGUUGAAGUACACACCGUUGACAAGUUUCAAGGAAGGGACAAGGAGUGUGUCGUCGUCUCUCUUGUUCGAUCGAAUCCAAAUCAGAAUAUUGGUGACUUGUUACGUGAUUGGCGACGAAUUAAUGUUGCCUUCACUCGUGCCAAGCACAAGGUCAUCAUAUUUGGAUCCAAGAGUACUUUGGCUGCUACAGAUCUAUUCAAUGAGUUCUUUGAUCUUGUUGAAAAGCAAAAUUGGGUUUACAAAUUGCCACCAAAAGCUCAUGAAUUGCAUAAUAUUCAAUACGCAAUUACCACUCCAGCGACCACUCCACGUCCCUUAUCAAUGGCUGGCAUGUCCAAGGCACAUCCAUUAAUAAGGGACAUUCUAGCUGAUACAUCCAGAGUUGAGACAUUUGUACCUUUGUAA